UUCAUAAAAAUAUAAAGAGCCAUGCGAGAACUUCUAAGCAGUAGUCGAUUACGGAACAGCCUUAAAUCAUAUACUGAGUAUUAAUGUAUCUCAAUUAAACAUGAAACUUAUACAAGAACUCUGGGUAACUCUUCGAUCAUUUGGUUUGGAUCAUGAUGACUUUACAACAAUGAUAGAAAACGUUGCUCUUUUGCUGCGAACAAUGACAAUUGAUAUCUACAAAGACGGUGUUAAACGUGUGACCUGGCUCUACUAUAUCGUGACCAUCGUCGCUGGGGCGUGCUACUUCUACGUAUUCAUUUUGUCCAGCUUCUGGCUGGUGUUCUUCCGCUAUCGGAAAAGUAAGAACUACACUGGCAUGGCUGUAGCCAUGUCACUUACCUGCUGCAAUGUCACUUGUAUUACAAAACUUGCCUUUAUGAUCCUAAAUGUAAAGCCCAUACGAGAAAUUGUAGAUAAAUAUUUAAAAUGCGACGCACAGAUUGAACCUGGAACAAGAUUUGCAAUAAACUUACGAAAAAACCUACGCGUUGUCAAGAAACGAGCUCUUGUUAUUUGGAACUUUCUAGUAUGGAAUUGUGUGGUAUACGUCUUGAUCCCCAUGCUGAGGCCUGGACGUCAUGUGACUGAGGAUAUAUACAUCCUCUUUGCUUUGGACCCUAUGCUAGAAUCGCCUCACUAUGAAAUUUAUCAUAUCUUGAACACCAUAAGUGUGGGCUUCUGCGCAUAUAUAAUGGUGAAUGUCGCCGUAUUCGUCAUUGUAAUCGUUGGAUACAAUGAAGCGCAUUUAUAUACCAUGAGUGUGGAAUUGAGGAAUCUCUGGAAAGACAGCCAAAACUUCUACAGCAAAGUGAAGCAAGACUUACGUAAUAAAAUAUUCGCUAUAAACAUGAAAGACAAAAUUAUCAAUGAAUAUAUACGACUUCGUCUAACUUCUAUGGUGCAGUAUCACGUUACAAAUAUUCACCUUUUUCGUGGCCUAAAUGGUGAAUUCCAAAAUAUUUUGGCCCUUGAAUAUGGCUUACUUUCUGUUGCUAUAAUAGGUGAACUGCUCGGAGGAUUAGAAAACACAUAUCUACAAGUACCAUAUACUACUGUUCAAUUAUAUAUGGACUGCCUUUCUGGGCAAAGAUUAAUAGACGCUUGCCUCGACUUUGAGAAAGCCCUAUACGACUGUGAAUGGGAAAAUUUCAGUGCGUCCAAUCAAAAAACGAUAUACUUGAUGCUGUUAAUGUCCCAAAAGACUCUGAUGCUGUCAGCUGGUGGGUUGGCGAAUUUGAACUAUAUGUGCUUAAUGGCUAUAUUGAAGUCAGCUUAUUCAGCGUACACGGCUUUGAAAUCUAGUCUCCAACAUUAA